CAGGGUCGCCCCUGACAACGGUAGUGGGAGGGAGCGUGACCUCCUCCCGUCUGGGGUGCCAGCAGGGCAGAGCUCAGGCGAGGCCCCCCUUGGUUCCUGAUGUGACCCCCUCCCCCGGCUGGGCGCUCCAGGCCAUGGCCGACACCAUCUUCGGCAGCGGGAGUGAUCAGUGGGUCUGCCCCAAUGAUCGGCAGCUUGCCCUGCGAGCCAAGCUGCAGACGGGCUGGUCUGUGCACACCUACCAGACGGAGAAGCAGAGGAAGAGCCAGUGCCUCAGCCCGGCUGAGCUGGAGGCCAUCCUGCAGGUCAUCCAGAGGGCCGAGCGGCUAGACGUCAUGGAGCAGCACAGGAUCGGGCGGCUGGUGGAGCGGCUGGAGACCAUGAGGCGGAACGUGAUGGGGAACGGCCUCUCCCAGUGUCUGCUCUGCGGGGAGGUGCUGGGCUUCCUGGGAAGCUCGUCGGUCUUCUGCAAGGACUGUCGGAAGAAAGUCUGCACCAAAUGUGGGAUCGAGGCCUCCCCUGGCCAGAAGCGGCCCCUGUGGCUGUGUAAGAUCUGCAGUGAGCAGAGAGAGGUCUGGAAGAGGUCGGGGGCCUGGUUCUACAAAGGGCUCCCCAAGUACAUCCUGCCCCUGAAGACCUCUGGCCGGGCCGAUGACCUCCACUUCCAGCCUUUGCCCCUGGAACCCGCAGAGCAGGAACCCAGAAGCACUGAGACCAGUCGUGUCUACACGUGGGCCCGAGGGAGAGUGGUUUCCAGUGACAGUGACAGCGACUCCGAUCUCAGCUCCUCGAGCCUGGAUGAUGGACUCCCGCCCACUGGAGUCAGAGACUCAAGAGGUGACAAAGCCUGGGGAGAGUCAGGUGGCAGGGUGGAGUCACCCAAGAUGGGGCUCAGCUGCCCCCCCAGCCACCUCUCGGGGAGCCAGAGCAGCCUGGCCAGCGAGACUGGGAUGGGCUCUGCAGACCUGCAGGGGGGCACCCCUCCCUGGCCGGACCCGAAGGGCGCCGGCAACUACUAGAGGAUGUGCCCCAACCAAACAAGGGAGAAAACCAGAAGGGGGAUACCAGGGACACAGGAAACUGGACAUCUAACACGGGAGAGGAGCAAAGAGAAUCCCCAGGAUGAUGGGGUGGCUGUGUGAGGCCAAGGCCAGCCCAGAUUGGAGCGUGAGGACGGAGGAGAUAUUCAAGAAUAUACAAGGAUAAGCAUAUGUGCGUUGGGGAGAUUGUAUAUGGUAUCAUAAUGUUUUAUAAUAUAUCAUGAUAUAUAAUAUAGUUUGUAAUGAUAUAUAAAAUUGAGAAAUCAAGAAAUAGAAUCAGCGUGAGAUUCAGAUCCAAGGUAAACCCCAGCAGAAGCGGCUAAGAGUUCUAAGGGUUGCCUAGAGAGGGACUUGGUUGGGGGCAGGGCAUUGCUGUCUAUGUUGUAAACUUUGUGGCACAGUUGCCCUUUUUAAACUCUAUGCUAGGUUACAUUUCUAACAAUGGGAUUUUUAAAAUGGGAAAGUACGUAUCAAACCCAGGAUAAACCCAUGGGGUGGAGGUGAGUGCCCUGAGGCUAUAGCAGGUGAGCGAGGCAGGGAGGCCCUGAGGACCCACCUGGCAGAGGAAAUACAGCCCCAGAGGUCCCUAUAUCCAAAUAUCGGCUGUGAGGGGCUAUUGCCUGCGCCUCCUGGCUCUAAGUGACAGAAGCCCCUUAGACUCCCAGACCUGAUGUGGCGCAAGCUCCCACGCUCAGCCCCGCCAGAAUCCCCUGCCUGGGCAUACCCAGGCCAGGAGACGGACCUGGUCCCUGCAGUGCCCAGGGCUAACUCCAUAUGUGUUUCCUAGAGACGCGUCACGGGGCUGCCGGGUUCUGAAGCAGUUUCAUCCCGGGGUUAUCCCGGAAGCCCUCAGCUUUCGGGGGCAAGAUGGAAUGCAGGUCCCCCAUGGGUGUCUGAGAGUUGCCUCUGGAGUUGAGUUCUUUGUGGGCUGGUCUGGGAACCAAGAAAUUCUUUUUUUACAAACUUGCUCUCUGUGUCUCAAGCAACCAACUUACAAGUUAAGUUUUGGAGCUGAGCCUUUCAUGGGGACGUCAGGGGAGAGUGGUGUUCUGUGUCAUCUGUAAAAUUCAGGGAGCACAGAAAUGACUUGGUCUGUCCCAAAUACCAGCUAACCUAAGGAGCCCCUAAAAGAGGCAGCAGGCGGAAGGCUCAUGAACUUGGACACCUGGGUUCAAAUUCCUGCUCCACUACUUAGUACCUGAAAUUACGUGUACUACUCUGUGCCUCAGUUUCCUCAUCUGUAAAAUGAGGGUAAUACUUCCUUCACAGGAUGAUGGUGGAAAUUAAAAACCUGAAAGUGCCUGUAAAA